AUGCACAAGAAAUCUAUAACUAUAUUUUUCAUCAUAAAUUGGUUGAUUUAUUUAAUGCAGGUUACUGGGAUUCAGGGAAAUGUAGUAAACGCGGUAAUAAAUCUGAAGUCGCAAUAUACUUGGUACAUAUGCAGCUCACAACCAACAAACUCGAUUAUAUACAAUUUAUCAGUAACGGACGGCAAGAAAUUCCCAAACCCACCAAACUUUGGCCAACAAAAACUCGGCUACAUCUACAAAGCGACAAGUUCCUCAAUGAAUGGUGUAAUAGCUGCUGUACUUAACACAACAAGUCUCGAAUCGUACCUAGACCCAAAUGCGAAAAUAAUUUAUAUUCGGGCCGCGGCGUCUUGUUACAUUCAACAGCCAGAAAUAGUGGCGGUUACUGAUUGUGAUAUUAAUUAUCAGUGGAAUGUGUAUACGCCGUUAUGUCUUGCUGUGACGAAUCCUAAUAAGAGACAGAUACAAUUUCAGUUGUCGUUAUCUUUUGAUCCAAAUCAUCAGGAUCAGAUUUUCCUUCUUUGA